AUCAUAUGAUGCUCCUGCAAUGUGUGUUUUGUAUUUAUAACCUAUCAGAUCUAUUUUGUCGGAUAAAAAUAAAUCUUGCAUUUAAAUUAACUCUACAUAGCUUUAUGUAAAAGCAAAGUAUAAUAAAAUAUUAGUUAGCCGUGAUGUCAUGAUUAAUUUGACAUGUUUGUCAGUAAUAAGUUCUAGAUGUUAUGUUAGUAACUUCAAUGACAUACAAUUAAAAUUAAACAUCAGAAAUUAUAACAUUGCAAAGAUGUCUUCUAAGUGUAGAAAUUGCGGAUCUACAGAGAUCGAAACAGAUCCAGCUAGAGGGGAUGCAGUAUGUACAGAAUGUGGUUUUGUAUUGGAGGAUCAGCUCAUUGUCAGCGAAGCUUCGUUUAAAGAAACACCGUCUGGAAAUAUGAUGGUACUUGGUCAAUUUGUUGCUAACGAUAGUACCGGUGGAGCUACAGGUUUCGGAGCAGCGUAUCAUGUCAAUGGAAAAGAAUCAAGGGGAAUAACUUUGCAAAAUGCAAGAAAAGGAAUAACUCAUUUGUGUAUGCAAUUACAUUUGAAUCAACACUGCAUCGAUACGUCUAUGAACUUUUAUAAGAUGGCCUUAAAUCGUCAUUUAACUCGCGGAAGAAGACAAGCACACAAUCAUGCAGCUUGUGUAUACAUUACUUGUCGCACAGAAGGCACAGCACGUAUCCUUUAUACUGUUAAAAAAAUAAUAGAGACACUAAAAUGUAAAGUUGUCAAAAAGUUAAAAAGAAAAUUCUUAACUAAUGAAUCAGAUAUGCUUAUCGAUAUCAGUGAUGUUCUUCAAAUUUGCGUUUAUGAAUUGGGACGUACAUAUCUACGGUUUACACAAGCUCUCUGCAUCAACAUACCUUCAGCAGAUCCAUGUUUAUAUAUAAUGAGAUUUGCAAAUAAACUGGAAUUUGGUGAAAAGUCUCACGAAGUGUCGAUGACAGCGAUACGAGUCGUUCAAAGGAUGAAAAGAGAUAGUAUACACAGUGGACGUAAACCAUCGGGCCUAUGUGGAGCUGCGUUACUGAUGGCAGCGCGAUUACACGAGUUUAACAGGUCGCCAGCAGAUAUCAUUAAAAUCGUAAAGGUGCAUGAAACCACAUUGCGUAAAAGGCUCAUAGAAUUCGGCGAUACACCUUCGAGCGCGUUAACGCUCGAGGAAUUUAUGACGGUCGACCUGGAAGAGGAACAGGACCCUCCAGCUUUCAAAGCUGCGCGGAAAAAGGACAGAGAACGAUUACAAAAGUUGGAUAAUAUAGAUACAGAAAUAAAUGAACUGCAAGCUGAGAUUGAUAAACAUUUGGAAGAUCGUAAAGCAGGAAAAGCAAGAAAACGAAAGGAUGAUGAUUGUAUAGAAAAAGAAGACACAGAGAGAUUUGUAAGAGAAAGUAAUUUAGAUAUUAUUAACAACUAUGUUGAAAACGAUGUAGAUGACCCUGAUAGCGAAAUUCACGAUUCCCAAUCGAGAAAUGUAAAUAAUCGCUUGAUCACUGGUCUCGGGCCAAACAUUGCUUCCAUGGGAUUAAUAUCGACGAACGAUAGAGAGAGUGAAGCGAAAGAACAAGAGACCACAACGUUUGAAACUAAUUCCGGGGAUAUUGACGUCACUGAUUUGGACGAUGACGAAUUAGAUAGUUAUAUCAUGUCGGAGAAAGAAGCGCAAUUUAAACAUAAUUUAUGGAACAAAGUGAAUGCCGAGUAUUUGACGCAACAGAAAGAAAAAGAGGAAAGGCGGUUGAAAGAAAAAGAAGAGGGUAAACCAGAAAAGAAACGGCGCCGAACCACGAAACGUAAUAAAAAUCAAGUACCUGCUAAUACCGCAGGAGAAGCGAUCGAGAAAAUGUUGCAAGAAAAGAAAAUUUCGUCUAAAAUUAAUUACGAAGUGCUGAAAAGUUUAAACGUUACUGUAAAUACCGCGAGCAAAGAACAACAAAAAGUCGAAGAGCCCGUCCAGCCAACCAAAUUGGAAGCAGAUAAUAUAAGUUGCAUUAAAACACCCAAUGUUCUUAGUCCGUCGAAAUUGCAAGACAAACCAACAGUAACGACAAGAAAGUCUCGCGUAGUUAAACCAUAUAUACAGCAAAUGAAGAAAGAAGAAGUAAUAACGCCUGUUGAAAUAGAUGCUACUUCAGCAGAAGCUACACUCCCAAAAGCAGAUGCCUGUGAUAUAGAUGAAACUGAUGAUUAUAUUGACGAAGAUGUUGAGGCUGAUCCUACAGAAAUGACUGUUGGACAAAUGCUUGGACAUCAUGCGUCGGAAGAAGAAAACGAUUUUGAAUAUGGAUAUGACGAGGAAGAUUAUUAA